AGUCAAUAGACGUCGCAAAUCGUCUCGGCAGACCUUCCCUUGCCUGACCCGUCAUGGAUUCUUCUCCGCAUUACGGAGUUAUGCAGACUUGCAUCUCCAAAGCUGCCCUGCUGUGCCUUCUGCAGGUACCUUUGCGAAACUCAUGCUCCGCGCUCACCAACGUUCAAAAAUGGCAGUAUAGCAUUUUCUGUGGUCACAUUGAUCUUAAUCAGAUCCCAGAGAUUCUCUCCACAAGCCCAAGUCGGCGGUUAUAUUCACAGUCAUGCCUCCAGCAUCCAGAGGCCUACAAAUCGCAUUCCGCUUUGUCCGAUAUGCCUCCAAGACCUCGAAUCCAAAAAUACCCAAACCUCUCGCGAGACUGAAGGAGAAGGUCGCGCCCCAACUCACGCCACGAAGAGCAGAUACAUCGUAUCAAGAAGGACACAAUUCCAGUGGGAAUCAACGUUCGGGACAGCAGAAUAGCAAGACCCGCUGGUCGUUCUUCAGCUGGAUAAACCCCACACAUCGACUCUGGAUAUGGAGACUCUUCUUCAUCGGUCCACCCGUGGGCUUCGUGAUCCUCCACUUCCCUCUCGAAGUGAUGAGAGUCACCGGCCCGUCCAUGUCACCUCUGCUUAAUGCAGACUACGAAUCGGGGUUGUUCUCCGCAUACGAUCGAAUCCUGGUCCAGAAAGUGAUGUUUCCUCACCGUCCGGGCGCAAGACCAACACUGCCGAGAUGGCAGGUCAAAAGAGGACAACUCGUUGUAUUCCAUGCACCUCACGAUCCAGAAAAGGUGGCUGUGAAAAGGGUGGUUGGUGUUCCUGGAGACCGCAUCAAACCUCGGGAAGGAUACCCAGGUGGAGAUGAGCCAGUCGUGGUGCCGUAUAACCAUAUCUGGGUGGAGGGCGACGGCAACACGACCCUGGACUCGAACGCGUACGGGCCUAUCAGUCAGAACCUGGUGAUUGGGUUCGUGAGACUGAUGUGGAAACCCUGGCUCAAUUGGCCUGUUUCGAUCGAUUGGGAACAUCAUGACUACCCGGCAAAGAAGAACCGGCGAGUUGAAGAGGAUGUCGUGCACCAAGCUAAACUGGAUCCGAACCAGAUCAGUAACACCGAGGCGUUCACUAAUGGCGUUGCGGCACGGGAGCUGGAGGCGAUGAGGAAGUUCAGAGAUCAAUUGCCUAUCAGGAUGAUGAAUGAGCAGAAUUUCCACAAACUGCGGUAUAUGUAUGCUCAGGCGAAAGAGGAAUUCGAGUUGCAGAACCACAAGUCUACGGAAGUGGCGCAGGGCAUUAUGGAGGAGCUGGGCGACGCCUUUGAAAGUGUUGGUCUGGCAAGAGAUGGGAACAGGCUGCCUCUGGCCAUAAUGCCCGCGGAGACCGAGCAAGAGGUCAAGCAGAGAAAGCUGAAAGAGUACCUUGAGAGGAAUGCACCCAAGGAGGUGAAGAAUGACUGUGUCCCAACAAUGGGAUAUUUGACUCCGUGAAAAUGAGGCAUUGCCCAAUGUACAGAUUUUUGGUCUAUGUGUAGUCCUGCAUAGCGAACGGCGCAUGGGAAUCAACUUUUUGGCCAUUGGCCAACAGGGCAUCGUGACUGUCCUCUCCUCAUGGUUUCGUUGUUCUGUGC